CGCGGGAGCAAGAUGGCCACUACCAAGCGUGUGUUGUGGACUCGCAGAAGAAGUGGACGACAAAGUUCUCCAUGCCGCUUUUAUCCCUUUCGGAGACAUCACAGAUAUUCAGAUUCCACUGGAUUAUGAAACAGAAAAGCAUCGAGGAUUUGCUUUUGUUGAAUUUGAGUUGGCAGAGACGCCACUAGAAAGAUUCAGCUGCAAGCCUCAACGUGGAUCUUGUCUUUUCUUGGCAGGAUGCUGCAGCGGCUAUCGACAACAUGAAUGAAUCUGAGCUCUUUGGACGGACAAUCCGUGUCAAUUUAGCAAAGCCAAUGCGGAUUAAAGAAGGCUCUUCCAGACCCGUUUGGUCAGAUGAUGACUGGCUGAAGAAGUUUUCUGGGAAGACUCUUGAAGAGAGUAAAGAGGAAGAAGGGUCAGAGCCUCCCAAAGUAGAAACCCAGGAGGGGGAGCCCGCAGCAAAGAAGGCACGUGCCACCCCUCAGGUGUACCUGGACAUCAAGAUUGGGAACAAGCCUGCUGGCCGCAUCCAAAUCCGCCUACGCUCUGAUGUUGUGCCCAUGACAGCAGAGAAUUUCCGCUGCCUGUGUACCCACGAGAAGGGCUUUGGCUUCAAGGGGAGCAGCUUCCACCGCAUCAUCCCCCAGUUCAUGUGCCAGGGCGGUGACUUCACCAACCACAACGGCACCGGUGGCAAGUCCAUCUAUGGCAAGAAGUUUGACGAUGAGAACUUCAUCCUCAAACACACAGGGCCUGGCCUGCUCUCCAUGGCCAAUUCGGGCCCCAACACCAAUGGCUCCCAGUUCUUCCUGACAUGUGACAAGACAGACUGGCUAGACGGCAAGCACGUGGUGUUUGGGGAGGUCACAGAAGGCCUGGACGUCUUGCGGCAAAUUGAGGCCCAGGGCAGCAAGGACGGGAAGCCCAAGCAGAAGGUGCUCAUUGCAGACUGUGGGGAGUACAUGUGAAUGAGUACACGCGUGUCAGAAGCCAUCAACUGUGAAACGAGCCACUGGGGAAGUCACGUUACAAGGCAGGGAGUAUCCUGACUUCCCACAGGGACUGCUGGUUGCAGACUGGGCCUCUUCCAAAGCUCUUUCCCGUGUUGCUGUGGGCCCGGGAGCUGAGACAGAUCCUGUGGCCCCCGCCCCCAUCCCGCCCACCCUAGCCCAAAGACGGCUGUGCAGCCUUUCCCAGGUCGUCACUGCUGCCUCCCUCCUGAGCCCACCAAUAAUAAGGCUCCUGGCUGGUCCUGGUGAAAUACGCUACAGUUCUGGUAGUGCCUAGUCUGUAUCAUUGCUGAGACAGUUGGAGAAUACACAGGGUGUCUGGCUUCCCCGUGACUUUUGUUUGCUCCCUGGAGGAGUCCUUGGGAUGCCGAGAGAUGGAGUCUCACCCCAGACCCCCUAGUCAGACCAUUGUCAGGCAGUGGGAAUGAAAGGUGCUGGGUCAUUCCUGUUCGCACAGCUUCUUCUGGCCAAGCCUGUAACCAGCAUGUGUACUUAGCAGUGUCAGUGAUGCAUUUGUUUGUUCACUUUUAUUAAUUUUUUAAAAUGAGAUUUUCUGUCUCAAAGUGCCUUCUCCCUGAGGUCAGCAAACCACAUGGACCUAAAAAAAUCCAACCUGCUGUGUUUUUUGUGAAUAAAAUUGUACUGGAACAUGUCCA